CUGAACCAGUGAGGCCAAUCGACCCCGCGGCGUGGAUCUCUCAUACCACAGCCAUGACGGGAGCGUACCCCCGUUACGAAUUAGAAGAGUCUCCCUUAACUGUGAAGAGUGACAUGGCUACUAUUGUCAAGGUUAUGCAGCUCCCAGACUCAGGCCUUGAAAUUCGGGACAGGAUGUGGUUAAAAAUCACCAUCUCCAAUGCAGUGAUAGGAGCAGAUGUGGUUGACUGGCUCUACACACACGUAGAAGGCUUCAAAGACCGCCGGGAGGCUAGGAAAUAUGCCAGCAGCAUGCUGAAACAUGGCUACCUCAGGCACACUGUGAACAAAAUCACCUUCUCAGAACAGUGCUACUACGUCUUUGGAGACCUCUGUGGCAACCUGGCUGCACUGAACCUUAACAAUGGUUCCAGCGGGGCCUCGGAUCAGGACACCCUGGCUCCACUCCCACAUCCUGCUGCUCCCUGGCCACUAGGCCAAGGGUAUCCAUACCAGUAUCCUCUGCCCCCUCCGUGUUUUCCACCAGCAUACCAAGACCCAGGCUUUAGCUAUGGCAGUGGCAGUGCAGGGAGCCAGCAAAGUGAAG